AUGAGAAGAUUUUUUGUGAUAUCUGGUUUUCUCACCGCGCUUAACUUAUCAAAGAAGCAAAAUUUGGAUGCUCAACAAGUAGUCGCAUUUUAUUACAUACGAGUUAAACGAAUCCUUCCUCUGUACUACCUUACUAUCAUCGGUAUACUGCUGUCUCUACUAAUGAUCGUGCCUCGUAGGUACCAAACAGCAAACAUAAAGAGUGCAAAAAAAGCACUUCUGCUUACAUCAAGUGUGGGAAAUAAUGAUGAUCAACAUGAUUAUGUAGAAAAAAUCCUGCAAGCUGAGGACCUCUUCGUUCACACAUGGCCAAUUUGCAUUGUAAUGCAGUGGUAUUUUCUUAUACCUUUGUUGUUCAUUAUUCAGCGCUGUUUGAUAAGCCAUGAGAAAACAUUCUUCACAGCGAUAACUUUACUUUCAAUUUUGUACUACACAACAACAGAUGAACGAACGCAGUACAACAGCGUUCUUGCAAGAAUUUGGCAAUUUGUCAAUGGAGUGAUUGCAUACAUGUUGGAGAGAAGUAAAGUGAGCCUCUAUAUGGAUUUUCAAAUUAUGAAUGCACCGCGGUUCAACGUUUUAGUGUUUCGUUCUUUUUUCCGAUAAGU